AUGCCGUGUUGCAACUACUGCUGCCAAAAACCAUCCUUCGAGAGCCGGCGUCGAAUUUGCAGACGCAGCCCAGUGAACAACAGUAGACGACAUGGUCAUAUCUGCCAUGUUUGCGGAAAUGCCUUCUAUACAGCCCUCGAAGCCGACGAACAUUUCAAGAUUGUCCAUGGAUACUCUUGCAGUUUUUGCCAGAAGAAGUGUCGGUCCAGCGGGGGCCUAAAGCUGCAUCAAAAAAUCCAUCGAACUACAGUUUCGAACCCCCUCCGAGAAAGGAGCGAGUGGCUUGGGCAUGCGCAUGGAGGCAAUGACGGGGAUGAUGACGAUGGUACCAGAUAUAAUCCAGAGAUAAACCAACUACCAUCUCGAAGGCGCCGGUUUCUUGAGCGAGAACAGGAAAAUGAAACCCACGGCGAAACUGAGCCAAAUUCACCAAGCCUACCCAGCUCAAGGGUGUGUCAUAAUUGCUCUCGACCGUUUGGGAGGACGUCCGCAUACGUCCACCACCUUGAGAAUUCGCGAUGUGGACCAGGAGGGAUCAAAAUCUUCAGAAUUGUUAAGAGGUUGGAUCGAGACAACCUCAUCACUUGCCCCCCUUCUCUAAAGUAUACCCUUCUGAUACUAUAUCAAUCUCUCGUCUAG